CAGACCUUGGCCCCACCCCUUGGCGUCACCGGCCGGGGUGGGCGGGGCUUGGUGGCGCCUGCGCACAGAGUGGCCCGGAAGCGGCGGCGCCCGCGUGCAAGAUGGCGGCGCCCGCUGGGGGAGGAGCUGGCCUGGACGCCCUGGGGCCCCGCGAAGCCGCCGCCGCCGCCCACGCGCUCUCGCUGCCGGCCGAGGCCUUCGGGAACGACCCCACCCUCGAGAGGAUCUGGGCCAUGAAGGCCCACCAGCACGCCGAGGUCUACUUCCACCUGAUUUCCUCUGUCGACCCCCAAUUCCUGAAACUGACCAGAGCGGACGACCAGAUCUACGCGGAGUUCCGGAAGAACUUCAAGGGCCUUAAAGUCGACGUGCUGGAUGCGGAGGACCUUAAAUCGGGGCCUGCCAAAGAGAAGUGGCGCCCGUUCUGCUUGCAGUUUGAGGGGAUUGUUGAAGACUUCAACUACGGCACUCUCCUCCGGCUGGACUGCAGUCAGGGUUACACGGAGGAGAACACGGUCUUUGCCACCAGGAUCCAGUUCUUUGCCAUUGAAAUUGCCCGUAACCGAGAGGGCUGCAACAGUGCCAUCUACAGCAGGGCCCGGCGAGCCAACUCCGCUACAGAAGAGAUAAGCUCUGGGUGAGAGCAGCUGUGCUCUGACAGAGUGUGAUGGACUCCCCGGGAAGAGAGGGCUCUGCUCCAGCAGCAGCUCCAGUUUGAGCAAGGGACUCUUUUGUUCCAUGGCAAAGGCAAGAGGCAAAGCUGCUGGUGGGACUCCCUUUUCAGAAGCUAAAGCAAUCCGAAUCAUGGACAGAAUGGUGGGCUAUUGCUCUUCUAGAGUCUGAACGCGCUAGAAAUCAACUCCAUUAAAGUUGCCAGUGAAAGUCA